CACACUCCUCGACACCUAGCUAGUUCUCAUCCUUCCACACACACUCACUCUCUCUCUCUCUCUCUCUCUCUCUCUCGCUUUCUUUCUGGACUUGAAAACCCCUAUAUAUAUAUCCAAGAUCAUCUCGUAAUUUUCUUUCAUCUCUCAAAAACAUCUGCUUGCCAUUUUGUCUUAUUUUUUCUCCAACUCCAACCAACAAGCAAGAAGGUUUCUUUGAUCUUCUGCUAGCUAGGAAAAGUUGGUGUUGGGGGCAGGCCAGCCGCAGGGAUUGAUAUAAUUUAAUUGUGUCGACAGAAAUGGAACGCAUUUGUGAUUUAGUGCAUGAGCUGAGGCCAGCCUUGUUAAUGGUGGUGGUUCAGCUUGCAUUUGCAGGGGUCAAUGUGUUCUACAAAUUGGCCGCAAACGAUGGAAUGAGCUUAAGGAUUAUUGUUGCCUAUCGCUUCGUUUUCGCAACAGCUUUUAUCGUUCCUCUGGCUCUCGUUUUUGGAAGGAAAAGUAGGCCAAAGCUGACUUGGGUAGUACUCUUCCAAGCAUUUCUUUGUGGGCUAUUUGGGGGUUCAUUAGCUCAAAAUUUAUACAUUGAGAGCCUAACCUUGACAUCAGCAACAUUUGCUUCAGCCAUGACUAACCUAGUUCCAGCCAUUACCUUCAUCCUGGCCGUCUCCUUUGGGUUGGAGAAGCUGAGUCUAGGGUCGGUAUCAGGGAAGGCAAAAGUGUUGGGAACAUUAACGGGAAUAGGUGGGGCGAUGCUCCUCACUUUCUAUAAAGGAGCAGAGAUCAACGUAUGGUGUACUCACGUUAACCUUCUGCAUCACGGCGAACGUCAAACCAAACACUUGGUAUCCCCAAGAUCAGAAAAUCGCCUUUUGGGUGGUAUUUUGGCUAUAGGAAGUUGUUUCUCAUACGCCUCCUGGUUAAUUAUUCAGGCAAAAAUGAGUGAAACAUAUCCAUGUCACUACUCAAGUACAGCUCUAAUGGCUGUGAUGGGAACAAUCCAAGCUGCUGUUUUUGCCCUAUGCACGGAGAGGGAUUGGAAUCAAUGGAAGUUGGGCUGGAACAUCAGGCUACUUACAGUGUCUUACUCGGGUAUCGUAGCUUCUGGGGUUAUGGUAACUUUGAUAUCAUGGUGCGUGCACAUGAGAGGUCCUUUAUUCGUCUCCAUCUUCAGCCCUCUAAUGCUUGUUUCAGUUGCCAUCAUGGGGUCUUUAGUACUGGACGAAAAGCUGCAUCUUGGAAGCAUAUUAGGAGCCGUGAUGAUUGUGUGCGGGUUAUACGUGGUGCUGUGGGGGAAAGGCAAAGAGAUAAAGAAGAUAACUCAGCUAGCACCCUCCAAAAGCUACCGAGAAUCUCAUCAACAUGAAUUGACCGAUAUUAAUGUAAUCACGUCUCCAAGGGAUGACGACGUUGAAAAUAACAGCGCUAUUAAUAUUGCAAGCAUGAAACCCGAGAGCCUGCAUCCAAACAUCUAAUGCGCGCUACCUCCUAUAUAUAUAUAUAUAUACACAUCAUGCAUGCAUGGCAACUCAUUGGAAAUGGGGCAUGCAUGCAUGAAGAAGAAAAAAUGAAGAAAAGGAGGCCGGGGGGACACGGGGAAGACAUGGAGAAACGAUGAUUAAUUAAUGUUAUAGGAAUCAGAUUUUUUUUUUUU